AUUAGAAGGACCCUAGUCACCCUACAACAUUCUAUCUUAACCUACAGAGUUCAGAAGCAUCACAAAAGGAACAAUGGGACAAGGCCAAGAAGUAUUCAAGACCAAAACUGAGGAUGUCCAAGUUGAAAUCCAGGAGAGGGGGGAAAUAUUCUUCUUUUACAGGCCAAAGGUGAACAAAGAAGAGGCUCACAGUCCAGACGAUGUGCAACGUUUGUACAUAGUUUUGAGGCCAGAGUCUGGUGAGAGAUCAAUCGAAGAGAAGCAAGACCCAGAUUCAGGAAAGGAAGGGGCAAAGAGGAAGGGGUCAGAUUCUGGGGAUGAAGUAGGUUCUGGUGGUAGUGAAAGUGAAGGUGGACAUGGGAAGCAGGAGGUGAACAUUGAGAAGCAACCAUUGCUGAGGUUCAUAGUGAUGGGAAGGAAAAGCCUUCCUGAUCCAAGCAAGAAGAGUAGACCUUAUUGGGGCUUUGUGGAGUUGGUCACCACAAAUAUAGAUGAUGUCAAGUCUUCCCUGCAAGGAGAGGAGCAUGAUACUAAAACCAGAGGACACAGACAUACAUCAGCAGCAAGGGCACUUGGAGAAGGCAUUUAUCGCAUUCUAAGGCAUAAAGAGGGAAAGAAGAAACCCCACACUCAUUUGAUCUACAAGCUUGAGUUUCCACCUGAAGACGAGUGCAAUCAGCCUCAGGAGUCACUAAACAUUAAGCAUGAAGGCUCAUUUCAUAUUCAAAUAAAGAACCCAGAGCAACAUGGCAGCAGUACUUCACAGUACAGAGGGAUGCAGAGCAAGCGCAGGGCAGUGUUUCCUGCUCACUUACAAGGCCAAUUCGGGAAGCUACGGUUCCACCCGGCUGAUCCACCCGACUUUUUGAACUACGAAGGUUGUGAAUUCUUGCUCAUAUCGGCUUCGGAUCAUAUAGAAGAGGAGUUGGGGUUAGAGCUUCAAUCUGAGAAGGUGGAAGCUGAUGAAUCGUGUUCUGAUUUGAUCAAGACUUUUGGGGAGACUGCAUCUACUACUCCUCUUCUGAAAGGCACUUGGGUUUGAAAACCCACUGCUCGAGUGCCCCCUUUUUGUUUCCAUUGUAAAUCUGUUUCCUUUCACCACUAGGAAAUGGUCUGUAGUGUUUUUAUGCAAUUAGCUUUUUUAGGUUACUUUGUGUGGAUAUUGGGCUCUACUUUGUAGAGUUGUAGAAGUACCUAGUGUGCUGUUUGUGAAUGUAAUUAGAAGCAAGUAUCUUUUAUGCA